AUGGACUUUAGCGACAAAGUGUUCCUAAUUACGGGGGCCAGUUCCGGCCUUGGAGCAGCGACAGCCAUUUAUUUAUCAAAACUAUCAGCGAAACUCGCCCUAGUCGGCCGCAAAGAAACAAACCUCAGAAGAAUAGCCCUAUACUGCGAGAAAACUAAAGGUAUAAAACCUCUUGCUAUCAUCGCCGACGUCACUGAAGAACUUGACGCUGAAAGAAUAAUAAAUGAAACAAUAGAACACUAUGGAAAACUAGACGUUUUAGUGAACAACGCCGGUGUUAUCGGAAUGGGAGGCAUUAAGAACUCAUCUAUGGAAACUUACGACAAAGUUAUGAACACAAACAUGAGGUCUGUGUACCAUUUGACGAUGCUCGCGACACCGCAUCUCAUUCAGAGCAAGGGUUGUAUUGUAAACACUUCCUGCAUUUCAAGUUCAAAGCCCAGUACGAUGGCCUUAGCGUACAACAUAUCGAAGGCCGCAUUAGAUCACUUCACGAAAUGUGUUGCGUUAGAGUUAGCACCAGAUGGCGUUCGGGUCAACUCAGUGAACCCAGGAUUUGUGAAAACUAACCUGCUGAAAGACAUUGGAUUGAGUGAGGAACAACUGGCUUUGUUUGUUGCCAAUGUGGUUGGUAACAUGCCUCUGAAGAAAGCAGUGGAAGGCGAUGAAGUUGCCGCUUUGAUUGCGUUUUUGGCCAGUGACAAAGCAAAGAGUAUUACUGGCUCGUCCUACAUUAUAGAUGGCGGUAGCAUAUUACGCUAG